AUGGCCAAACGCACCAAGAAGGUCGGCAUCGUGGGUAAAUACAGGGCCCGUUAUGGGGCCUUGCUGAGGAAGAUGGUAAAGAAAAUUGAAAUCAGCCAGCAUGCCAAGUACACUUGCUCCUUCUGCGGCAAAACCAAAAUGAAGAGAAGAGCUGUGGGCAUCUGGCACUGUGGUUCUUGCAUGAAGACAGUAGCUGGUGGCGCCUGGACCUACAACACCACCUCGGCCGUCACGGUGAAGUCAGCCAUCAGAAGACUGAAGGAACUGAAAGACCAGUAG